GUAGUUCUGCUAAUGGAUUACUUUCCCUCUGCUACGAACUUCAGCUCAUCAUUCAUUGAUGGGUCUUCUUCUUAUUCUUUGGCAACCAGCAGCAAAGAGAAGAGGAUCAAGGGUGGCAAGAAGGGAAAAGGAGCCGUGAAGCUAUCGACCGAUCCGCAAAGCGUGGCGGCUAGAGAGAGGAGGCACCGUAUCAGCGACCGGUUCAAGAUCUUGCAGAGCAUGGUCCCUGGUGGGACGAAGAUGGACACCGUCUCGAUGCUAGAUGAAGCUAUACAUUAUGUAAAGUUCCUCAAGACUCAGAUAUGGCUUCAUCAAGCCAUGAUCAACUUAGUCGACGAUGAGUAUUACUCGUCUCUCUUCGUUCCCGGAUCUUUCCCGGUCGAAGGAAAUGUUUACCCAUCGUUAAACCCUAGUGAUCUAAACCCUGCUGCAGCAGCAAUGCAGCAAUCACAGGUGCUGCCAUUGCCGGAUUCUUGCUUCCAGGGUCAACACCAACAAAACAUGCCUUAUGAUGUGUUCAUGAAUCAUCAAUAAUAAUCUGAU